UUUUUAAGCCUCUUUUUCCCCAACUAUUCAAAAUUCUUCUUCCUUUUUCUCCUGAUUUUUCCUCUCUGCAUGCUAAAGGAUGCUUUAAAAACCACAUACCAGGACUAUUUUUCUUCCUCCUGUGUCUUUUUGUGGCAGCAUUUUUCUCUGGAGUCAUCUUUGUUCUCUUCUCACAGCUGCUGAGUGUACAGUGGGGAAAUAGGUUAGUGUGCCUGUUCGGUGCCGGGCAGCAGAGGUGAUUGAAUGGUCUGUGAGUGGUGGCAGAAGAAGUGGAGGGGGAUGACUUCCUGGCGGUAACACUCUUUAACCCUAUGACCAUUUGGGAAGAAGGUGACUGGGGAUGCUGGCAUUGAACUCUGACAUUUAGAAGAAGUGUCAGCGACAAAUACUGGAUCUUAAAUAUAAGAAAACAUAUAGAGACGUUUUUUUUCCUUCUUUGGUGAAACAGCGUCCGCUGUGAGUGGACACCAUGGACAUCAACCUCCAGUCGCACCGAUUCUACUUCCCACAGAUCUACUGUGCUGAACCGGGGGCACAGCCACAAAUCACUGAGUUUAAAGUCAGUGAGCAGAGUAUCUGUCAGGCCCGAGCCUCUGUCAUGGUCUACGAUGACACCAGUAAGAAGUGGGUUCCCAUCAAGCCAGGGCAGCAGGGAUUCAGCCGCAUCAAUAUUUACCACAACACUGCCAACAACACCUUCAGAGUGGUGGGCGUCAAACUGCAGGACCAGCAGGUGGUUAUAAACUACUCCAUAGUGAAGGGCCUUAAGUACAACCAGGCCACGCCCACUUUCCACCAGUGGAGGGAUGCCCGGCAGGUUUAUGGGCUCAACUUUGCCAGCAAGGAGGAGGCGACCACCUUCUCCAACGCCAUGCUGUUUGCACUCAACGUGCUCAGUGCUCAGGAUGGAGGUCCAGCUGUGCAGCGUCAAGUCCAGAACGGACCAACGUCAGAUGAGAUUGAAGCUCAGAGAGCGAGGCAGAUGAUGGAGCAGCAGCAGCAGAUGCAGGCACACAUGGAGCGGGAGCGACGGUCAUCCAACUCAGGUUCUCCUUUCCAAGGCCACCCUGCUGUGCUCUCAGUGGCCCCCCCUGUAGUCCCUCCCCCUAUGAACAUGGGUGGUCCUCCUCCCCCUCCACCUCCUCCAGGACCCCCUCCAAUGGCACCCCAACCUCCUCUCCCUCCUCCUCUCCCCCUCGGCGGAGGAAGUCAUGGAGACGAGCCCCCGGCAGCGACAGGUCUUGCCGCUAUGAUCGCAGGAGCCAAACUGCGGCGCGUUCAAAGACCUGAUGACAGCUCUUCAAGCGCCAAAAAUGAUGCCAACAGAACGAGUGGAGGCAGUGGAGGACUGAUGGAGGAGAUGAACGCUCUGCUGGCACGAAGAAGGAAAGCAGCUUCAGAGAAGCCAGACGACAGCCAAAACGAUGACCCAAAUUCACCAUCACCCAGCACUCGGAGUGGACAAAACGCCACAGAUGGUGCAAAGAAGCCGUGGGACCGAGCUAACUCUGCAGACAGAGCAAUGGCUUCAAGGGUACGGGCCGCGGGCGGUGGCAGCGACACAGAGUCGUUAGACCUCGAUAGAAUGAAACAGGAAAUCUUGGAAGAGGUGUUUCGUGAAUUGCACAAAGUGAAGGAUGAAAUCAUUGAUGCCAUUAGACAUGAACUCAGUCGAGUCAGCACGACAUAAUCUUUCAGAGCCACUCCCCAACAUGAACCACCUUUAGGAGAAACCAUUGCCCCUGCAGCAGCUGCUGUGGCCCUGAGGAGGAGGAGGAGGACAACGAAGAGAAGGAGAAAUCAGGACCAGAGGCCCAGACUGUGACAUCCACUCAUCCUGUUCAGCUGCGGUGUUGAAGCAACGCGACAACGUUGCUGUAACACCUCAGACGUGUCUGUGUUACGUUGGUUUGUCUGUUUGGAGAGAAGGACAUGAACGGGGCUCUCUCUCGCACUGAUUCCUCUGAUUUCUAAACAUUUUCUGUCUGUUUGUUCACCCACUUCGCCCCUCUGUCCUCGGCCGGAAGGAAAACGGAUAAAAUUCACAUGAUUUUUAUUUGUUUUGCUUUUUCACAUUUGUUUUUUAUACUGUUACCACCGUUUUCAUUAUUAUUCCUAUCAUUUUUAUGAUUGUCGAUGUAUUGUUAAUAUGAGUAGUAGUAGUGUAGUGAGUACAAUGGUAAAAAUGAGGGAAUGAUAAUGAGAAUAUAGUAGUAACAGUAAUGUUGAUCAUUAUUAUUGCACAUCAUUUUAUGUCAGCCUUUUGUAUUUUAUAUUGGUUGUUUUCAUUGAUUGUUUUUAAGGAUGCAUUCACACGAGCAUUCAAAAAAUGUUUUGUCAUCAUCUAACCUGGAUUUUUAAAAAGUUUUUUAUCCCUUUUCACCAACUCAGCUAUGUGGCAGGAAAAAAAGGUCCUUACCUGAAAAAAAGGGUGGAAUCUUUGGAUUUUACAAUCUUAUAAACAAAACAAGAAAAAAAUUAAAUAAUACACCAGAGUAUUUGUGAUCAUGUUGUUAAUAAAAUGUUUAUUGGCUGCAAGGAUAUGAUGAAGUAUUGUUCAUUUUAUUCUCUCCUUUUAUGACCAAGUGCUUCCU